AGGGACACUGGGGAGACGCCUCAGCUGCAGUGUCCUGAAACGAGGGCCAACAAGGAUGUGUGGGGGUCUCUGAAGCUCUUGUGGGGAUCCACAGCACCACCGAGAGUGACUACGGUCUCCCUCGUCACAGACAGGGAAUAAGUUUUGAGGGGCUGGCGACGCUCCUCAUCAAUCUUCUGGACACGUCAUCCACAGAUCGACAACACCUCUGUCCUCCCUGCCCAUCGCAGAAGUCACCUCACCUUCGACCCUUCUCUGUCGUCCAGUUCUCACGACUACUUCUCCCGUCAACAGAAGCAACGACGGUGGAUCCAUCGGGGCAAAAACCAUCACUCACCGCUGAUCCCUGAGUACCAGCUGCAGGAACCUGGGCCUGAGAGUUCACUCCGGGGGUUCAACUUGAUGUUCGCCUUGUUACCUAGCCGCUCUCCAGGGCUGAAGACUGAACUCAAAAGAUGGUCCUGGCCAGUGCCACGUGUUUCCGGUUGACAGACGCGGUGCUGAAGACCGUUUACAUGCAGAACGACCAGCUGCUGGCAGGAACUCCACCUGGAGGAUAUGGGGCCCAAGGAGGGGCUGAGGUGAGCAUGGUGCCCAACAGAUACAUGGAUGGCAACCUGUCCCCCGUCAUCCUGGGAGUAGAUGCAGGGCGGCGUUGCCUGUCCUGUGGCACUGCUGAGGAGCCCGUCCUGAAACUGGAGGCAGUGGACAUCAUGGAUCUCUAUCAUCACGGUGACCCGUCCAAUCGAUUCACCUUCCUGCGCAGGCGCUCUGGGCCCACCUCCCGCUUUGAGUCAGCCACGUUCCCCGGCUGGUUCCUGUGCAGCCCCCCUGGAGAAGACCAGCCCCUGAGUCUCUGCCGCCAGCCUCCGGAUGCCAGUUCGGGCUUUAUUGAUUUCUCACUGCAGCUGUGCAGCUGGCCCAGUGCAGCUCCUCAGGCAGAGGGACAGGAUUGAGGGGCUGUGCUAGUCCCAGUGAGCAGCCCUGCCAGGGGCCCAGGAAUCUACUCUCAGCUCGAGCUCUAGGAGCAGGGGAGAGUGAUGCUGUUCCUUAUCAAGGAGCCUCCAAUCUGGACCCAUGCUGCUCUGGAAGUGCCCCAGGGCCUGGGGGCGCAUCCUGGGAGUUGGGGGUUGAUGACUUCCCUGCUCCAAGUCCACAUCCUCUACCUCUCCUGCCCACUCUCCACUGCCUGGGCUGGCCCCAGGAAAGAGCAAUUAAUUCAGAAAUAAAAAUAGC